GGUGUUUCUUUUUACUAAAUACUAUCACAGCUCUCGAUUCCAAGCGCAGACGGGACGAGAAAACUGAAAUAUCACUUUCGCUGCUAGGGUUUCUCUUUCUCCUUCGUAUUUUCCUCAGUUCUCUUUGGAAAAAUGACUCGCAUAUAUGUGGGAAACUUGGACCCACGAGUUAACGAGAGGGAUCUUGAAGAUGCAUUUCGUGAUUUUGGAGUUAUAGAAAGUGUUUGGGUUGCACGCAGACCACCAGGUUAUGCUUUUAUUGACUUUGAGGAUCGUAGGGAUGCAGAGGAUGCAAUCCGUGAAAUAGAUGGCAAGAAUGGCUGGAGAGUGGAGCUUUCUCACAACUCUAGAGGUGGGGGUGGUGGUCGUGGAGGGGGUCGUGGUCGAUCUGGAGGUUCUGAUUUGAAGUGCUAUGAGUGUGGUGAGGCUGGUCACUUUGCUCGUGAAUGCCGUCUGCGUGGUGGUUCAGGAAGACGUCGUAGCCGCAGCCCCCCUCGGUACCGGAGGAGCCCAAGUUAUGGUCGAAGGAGCUACAGUCCCCGCGGACGGGCCUCCCCAAGACGCCGCAGUUUGACACCUCGUGGGCGUAGUAGUUACAGCAGGUCACCACCACCAUACCGUGCACGUGAGGAAUUGCCAUAUGCUAAUGGAAAUGGCCUGAGGGAUCGACGCCGAAGCCGAAGCUGAGCAUUUCAGGCUUGGUCACUUGCUUUGUAAGAGGACUGUGGGAUUGAAUAUUGUUUAGUGUGCUUGGACUUCAGUACUGUUUAAAUCGGGCGACGCCCUCAGCUUCUACUCUUGAAUUGGAUAAGUUCCUUUCUUUCUUUAAUUGAGUUGGAUUUUCUUUUUCUACCUAAUUCAGAAUAUGUAGUUACAUUAUAGGAGGAGAUCUUAAGCAUUAUAAUUUUAUUAAGGACAGUUAAAUGAGAGCGUUGCUAAAAACCUAUGCUUUUGUUUUUGGUGUGUUGAGGUGUCAUCUGGUUCUGCUUCAUUGUUGAUGUGCUUCUGCACUCCCCUGGAUUUCGUUCUUCAUUGCCCAGAUCUGGGAUCUUCAAUUUUGAAUGGUUGUUGGUCCCAGCCUGCUACUUCUGUAGACUGCUUCUUCUGUAGAUGCUUCUAUUUGAUUGAAUCUCUCCAGUUGUGAUGCGCCUCCCUCUCUUGUGGCAUUUCUUUUAUUUAACUUGAAAGGAUUGAGGAGCUGCGUCAAACACUUCUGGCAGGUAUUUAUAUCUGUUCUACAGAAGUUGGGUCUUUGGGGUUCUUCUUUAACAAAUGGGUUUAUUUUCGUUCAUGGUUUAAUUUGGAUUUUACUUAAAAAGAUUUAGGUGUAAGGUCAAUAGGAAGGCUUUUUAUUUUUAUUUUUGUUAUUUGUUUAAAAAAGGUCUUGGACUUAAAAUAAAAUUUUAAAUUUGCAAGGGAUAAUCUUGAAUCUCGGACUUGUAUUGGGUUGCGAAUGGUUCUAAAAGUUCCAUCUUAGUCUUGGCAUUUAAAUGAAUCUUACUUUGCCUUUAUGGGGUGGGAAUGGAUUUGACAUUAGCCUUUUAAGUUUCUUAAUAUUACUCCAUAUGUGCAUUCUUUAAUUUCCUUCUCGUCUUUUACUUUUCUUUCUCCUUCAUAUCUUUUGGGUCAUGGGUUUCUCGUGCUGUGGUUUUGUGACCUUGGCUAAAGUAUGUGGUGACCUCAGCUAUUUAUAUGGUGUUGGUAGAAGAUCAGGAGCUCCUCCAAUUGAAGAGGAUCUGUGGCAGUUGGUGUUAGUGCUAAGCUCCCUAAUUUUGCUUGGCCUUUAGUGCUAAAGCAGCUUCCUCUUUAGUGCUAAAGUGGCUCCCUUAGUUGGCUUUGUUUUUGCUGGACGAUUAUUCUUCCAAAAUGCUCGGCAAUCGAAUGACUUGUGUAGUUUACUGCGUCAUUAACAAGUUCUGGUCUAAUGGGAUAAUUGGUCUACAUACAUGCAUUACACCAAUAAGCAGUGCAGCACCCAUGAUUUGGUUUGCCCUUUAGUGCUAAACUGGCUCCCUUAGUUGGUGUGGUUUUUGCUGGAUGAAUAAUCUUCCAAUAUGUGCGGCACUUGAAUGAUUUUUGUAGUUCACUGCAAUGUUAUAACUAGUUGUGCUCAAAUGGGAUAUAAUUGCUCUACGUGCAUUACAUCAAUAAACAGUGCAGAACUCAUCCGUAGGAAAGGUAUUGUUAAGCCCCCGAUUGAAAGGAAAAAUGAUUUUCUUUUUCUUUUGACCUCGACAAUGGAGAUUUUUUUGGUUGUGGGAUGUCACCUGCUGCAAGUAGGCUUCAUUGUGGAGACUUCUUUGACGUCAACACUGGGUUACUUGGUUUGCAUGAAUCUGUUGAUAGUGUUUUUUAUUUCAAUAUUCUGCCAUACGUUCAUCUAGAGAAGGAUUGGGGACUUUUCAACAAUUCACUGCCUGUGCCAAAUGUUACAGAGAUAUCAUCUUAAUUUGGUGAGGUAGUGAUCUGAAUCAAAGUCUUUUGUGAUGUAUAUCUUAGUGUCAUAAGACAUGGAUACAACACAAGCAGUCAUGUUGAAAAUGUAUCUUGUGUGAUCUUUUUAUAUAAAUUCUAAUAUUGGCACGAUAAAGGAUGCCUAGCCUUUAUAAAAUUCCUGCUA